AUGUUGCCCCACAGUCGCCUAUUGGCAAUUGCUGGCAUUCUAGACGUCGUCCUGGGAGGCGUGCAUGAGAAGCUAAUCAUGGUGCCCCAGGGAUGGUUCCUGAGCAGCUCAGUAUUGACUAGCAAUCAUGUUGCAACAUUCAGCGUAGUGCUCAAUCGGGAUUUCACGAACCUCCAGAGCCAGUUACUCGAGGUGUCUACGCCAGGCCAUCCCAACUACGGCAAAUACUUGGACCACGAUGCGGUCAACAGUGCUUUCGCUCCUUCUGCUGACGCUGUAUCGUCGGUGGUUGGUUGGCUAAAAAGCAAAGGCAUAUCCGACUACAAAGUUGACAAUGGCUUUGUCGAUUUCGUGGCAGAUAUUGUGACUGCAAACUCCAUCUUCAAUGCUUCGUAUCAGUAUUAUAGCAACAAUGGAGCAACAAAGCUCCGGACCCUACAAUACUCUAUCCCUGAUAAUCUACAAGAUCAUAUCGCUUUCGUGGAGCCCGGGACUUUCUUUGGCCAAGCUAACAAAAAAUCACCUGUUGUGCCUACCAAGACGAAACGCGGUAACUCUGACUUCGCAUCUACCGCGGCUGUUGAUGCGGCGUGCGCAACCUCCAUCACACCACCGUGCUUGAAGCAGUUGUAUUAUGUUGGGGACUAUAAGGCAGAUCGGUCUUCUGGUAGCAGAAUUGGCUUUGGUAGCUUCCUGAAUGAGUCGGCGCUCUAUUCCGACCUAGAGCAAUUCGAAGAGCUAUUCAACAUCCCGAGUCAGAACAUCAGUAAAGUACUUAUUGCAGGUGGCGUUGACGAUCAAGAUCCUUCUCAUGGCAACUAUGGUGAAGCCAAUCUCGAUGCCCAGACUAUCAUCGGCGUGGCACAUCCCCUUCCGGUGACUGAGUUCAUCACUGGAGGUUCCCCACCAUUUAUACCGACAAUUGGGCAGCCAACGCCGGCCGACAAUUAUAAUGAGCCCUAUGUGCCUUUCCUACGAUACCUGCUUUCUAAGAAGAAUUCGGAGAUACCUCAAGUUAUUUCGAUUUCCUAUGGUGACCAAGAAGAUGGAGUUCCUCUCGAUUAUGCACGGACGACGUGUAAUCUGAUUGCGCUGCUUGGUCUUCGGGGCAUCUCCGUCCUGUCAUCUUCUGGCGAUGGCGGUGUUGGAGGGGCUUGCCUGGCUCCGGACUUCAAGACCGCGGAAUUCGGAAAGCUCUUCCCAGCAUCUUGCCCCUACAUAACAGCCGUAGGCGGCACCUCUGCAGCGACAAUUCCUGAAGUUGCUUGGAAUCAGAGUGGCGGCGGGUUCAGCGGGUACUUCCAGCGACCAUGGUAUCAGGACUUGACGAUACCCCAUUAUCUUGCGACCCAGGUCAGCCCGGCCACAUACAAGUACUACAAGCCGUACGUCAACUUCAGUGGCCGUGCCUGGCCAGACGUCGCUGCUCACAGCUUGUACCCGUAUUUUGAGGUCAUCUAUGGAGGCGAGCAGGCAGGUAGCGGUGGCACAAGCGCCUCCUCUCCGACAUUCGCCGCUAUCGUGGGUCUGUUAAACGAUGCCCGGCUUCGGGCAGGGAAGCCAACUCUGGGGUUCCUCAAUCCAUUCAUAUACUCGAUUGGUCAGAGUGGCUUUGUUGAUAUCACCGAAGGCUAUACGUACGGUUGUCUUGGGAGUAAGCCUGAAUACGGCUCCGUACCUGGCGCAAGAUGGAAUGCCACAACGGGUUGGGAUCCUACAACAGGUUUCGGCACGCCGAACUUCCAAAGAUUGAAGAAAAUUGUUCUUAAGUUGUAG